CUGAAAUAUCUCACAUCAAAAUAGCAAAAAAUCAGUUUCAUUUUAAAAAAGUGUAGAGGACUGUGGGGUUUGUGUGCACGGGUCUGAGAUGCAGGGAGAGCAGAGAACAGCAGACAGCUAAUUCUUAGUUUAGAGCCUGGGUUUUUCUGUGUGUUGAAAGAGUCUGUGUGACCACAAAGGGAAUAAUUUACAGCAGACUUUGGAGGUUUUUGGGAGAAAAGGAUGUAUUUUGGGGAGCUGGGAAGAGAAAUCUCUGUAUUUUAUCAGAAUGUGUUCAGGCCUGAAGAAUGACAUUUUACACAGUAGAAAGCUCUGAGGUUCAGGAUUCAGCCAUGGCAGAGUUUGGUGCAGAAAUGGAAAACGUGGCAUUUCCAGGAGAGCACUGGGAGCAGGACAUGAGGGCUUGGUUACAGUCAUUAACUGCAGCUUGAUUAGAAGAGAACAGAAAUGCAGAUUACAGUGGAAGUGUGGUGUGACACAGUGCAAGAAUGCCUGCAGAAGUGCAGAUGUACAAAACUGAGCAGAGUUCCUCAGAACUUGCAUGCCAAUGCAAGAAAACACAAGUUAAUCUCCAAAGGCAUGCACCAGGGAUUGCCACAGUGCUGCAGCCGUCAGGGGAUGGAUUUGCAGAAGCCUCACUAAGAAUACCAAAGAAAACAGGAAUUACAAUAGGAAGAUAAUGACUUUUACCAUGCUUUACACCAGGUUGUGCAGCCCUGCAACACCCCCAGCCACAGAGAAAGCAGCUGGGAGGUGGAGGAGCAGCAGAUCCUGCAGAGGGAAGACUCUCACAGCAGUGUCACCCUGUGCUGUGGCAGCCCAGGAGACUUCUUGGGCUGGAGGAUGUUCUUUCCAAGAGGGCAGCAGACAAAAUCCUUGCUGGGACUGAGUCUCUUUGGGAAGGCCUGUUGGUUUAUUUGGGUUUGGACUUCCUUCCUUGCAGAUGUCAGUCCUUCUGCCUGGUUUAUCUCCCUUUAGACUCCAUGAUCAGUUUGUUAAUGGUGAAGCAGAGAACUGCAAAUGUUUAGAAAUAUAUUUCAAGUACAAAUGAAAAUUCAUAUGGCUGGAAGGUGUUAAUAAAGAAAAAAAGCUAGAACUUCUGGAAGAUUCAGGUCACUCCUCUACUCCAAGACCCAGAAAUUCCUUUUGGUAAACAGGACCCAGGCAGAGCUGGGCUCAAAUUGAGACUUUCCUUUGGCUCUACGCUAUUGGAAGAAAUAAGGAGAGAUUUUGGAUGCCUCUGCUCAGUCCCCAGCCUUGGCAUUGAACUCCCACAAAACGAUGAGUCACAUGGAGCUGGUUGUUUCCUUGAGAACAGCAAAAGCGAGUGAGAAUUAUCUUGGAAUUCAGGAGCCCAGGAGUGCCACGGACGAAUCGAAUUUCACAGCGGAGCCCGGGGCACCAGGCUCCCCCUGAUGGCUGCAGAAGGAGUGGCCGUGUGUGGAGAUCCAAGCCCUGCCCUGCUGCAGCCCAGCCCAGGGCUGAGGUCUGUCCCUGUCCUGCUGUCCAGCCGGGAGUGCCCAUGGGAUGCUCAGACUGAGCUGCUCCCUGCAGAGCAGCCCCAGCAGGAGCAGAAAGUGCUUGGCAGCCCAGCCUGGAGGAAGCCAGCAAUCCCACCCAGAGCUGGAGCCAUCCCCCAGCAGCCCUCUGGGACUGCCAUCAGCAGAGGCUGCCUUGCUUCUAAAGGUGCUCUUAAUGCAGCUGAGCUUCUGCUGGAGCUUUGAGCCAGUUCUGAGGCAGCGGUGCCCCUUUGGAUGAAGAAGCAGAAGCAGCAUCAUCCAGGAAACACCAAGGGGGAUCAGAGUAGCUUGAUCAUUUCCUCAACCAGAGAAAUCCCAUCUGGAGGUAAAGGGAAGUUCCCAGCUGGCUCCUUUCCACAGUGACCACACACCCUCACACCCUCUGCUCCCUCUGUCCCACCCCUCAGCAGCUGGAAACAAGAGGGUGCCGAGAGGAAUUUUUAGACUUAUGUGCAACUUCCAUUUGACAUCUCGGGCUCUCUAGCAGUAAACACAAAUGAAAGUAAAACACCUGCAAAGAAAACAAGGUUCUCAAGAGCCCCUUGAGAGCACCCAGGGCAAGCCCUGCUGGAACAGGGCUGGGCAGAGCAAUUGCUCAGGAUUGUGCCAUUCAGGUUUUGAGAUUCUGUCUCCCCAGGAUCGUUAAGGAGGUGUUAACAUGACUGAACAGCUGCUACAACCAAGAAGCAAUUACUGGUGCAGCAGGACAUGGUUUGCUUAACAAGGCCUUCCCAUUUUUCCUGAUGACUGCUGGAACAGAGCAGGGAUUUAGGAGGAGCAGAGGAAACAGAAUUGGACUCUUUAAACAAUUACAAACUCCUUUAUCCCGUGUAGUGCCUGCACAAUGCAGAACCCGAGCGAGUUCUCAGAAGAGAUUUAGGGAAAUGUUGAGUCUGGUGAUGAGCAGCCCGUGCAAAAUCUUCUCCCCAAAUAUCCCAGCUGGAAUUCCACCAGGGAGCUCAUCCCAACACUGCAGCAUUUGGCGUGGAGGAGCAGAUGUCCAUUGCUGCUCUGAAAGCAGCACGUGGGGCAGCCCUUGCUCUUGGAUUUGUGGCUGUGCUGUUCCUGCUUGGGGAGCUGGGAGCACGUCUCUUCUGGUAUUAGAGAUAACAAACAGCUCUUAGCACUCAAGUUAAAUUUAGGUCUUUGCAUAUUUAAUAACUGUAUGGGUUUAAAUAUGCAAAUAAUAACAAUUAACUUAUUCUGAAUUUACUUCAUCACUAAAAUAUUUGUACUCCAAACCUGGGAUAUUUUACAGGUUCUGAGAUUGACUUUGCAGACAGCUUGUCAGUGAGUGGGGGUUACUUGCGUGGCCUGGUGAGAUGUUUCUGACAAUCUGUUGCCAGAAUAUCUGUCUAUCAAUAAGUUUAUCAGCAGACUUCAUUUAUUAAAGAGAAAAUUAGCAGCUAGCUUUGUUUUUCUUUUCUGCUUAAGGAGUGGAAUAAAUUGUCAGUUGCCUUGUUUUGUUGUUGUAUUUCCCCUGUGUGUUUGUGGUGAGUUUUGGGGUUUUUUUCACCGCAGUAUUUGCAGUUUGAUUUGAAUUACCCGAAGGAAUAAAUUCCAUUUUCAGUGAUGAGGAUUAAAAGAGAGCAUCAAGGUAUUACUACAGUCAGACAACAUCCACAGUGUCCUACAUUAAGCAUUCCCUGAAAGUAAAGAUUUGCAUGUUCCACGUUAAUUAUCCCACCUCUAACUGUACCCCCUUGCCAUAAUACCCUAAUGAAAGUGCUAUUUAUAUUAAUAAAGCAUUUCACUCCUAGGAAGAGCCCAUCACACGGGCCCUCACUCUGCACAUGAACCCUCUGAAAUGACGAAGGAAGAGAAGGAGCUCUGCCCCAAGCAGACAGAGAGUCUGCAAGCACAAUUCAGUUUCUCUGCCAGCUCACCCCUCGACCUUCUGCCGAGAAUGACAUUAUAACACCAGCUCUGGUGACAGUUUGGGAUGUGGAUAUUUAUCCACUGAAGCUCUGGACCAAACCCAGCAAUUCCCUGCAUCCAGAGGAUAAAAGGUGCCACUGGGCAGCUCUGACUUUCAGCCUUUGCUGUCUGGGGUCAGCAGGGAGCCAGUGACCUUUCCAUGGAUGACACCAUGGCCUGUCAGAGAACUCUCAUUUAAAAUACUCCUCUAAAAUUGAUAAAGAUACACCCUAAUCACUAAUCAAAGAACAGCUUUAAUGCCUCGAAAAUAUGGAGCAAGCUGCAGCAUCAGAAUAAAUUAGAACUGAUUUUGAGCAGUCAUUGAGGAAAGAGUUCAGGGGCCAUGGCAGGAAGAGCCCUGGGACUGGGAGAUCCAUCACUAACCCAGCCUGGGAGCUCACUCCUGCCAUGCUCCCAGUGCCCAUCUGUUGGGGAAGAUGAAACAGGAAAGCCUUACAAAUAUGAUUGCCUGGCAAAAGAUUUUGAGAAUAUAGAAACUAUAAGCGAGAUUGAAAUGAAAGCAAGCUUUGAGAUCCCUUAGUUACUGAACAACGGGAAAACAAUGGUGUGGCCGGCUGAAUGUAAUCCCCUUUUGAUGAUACAAGACCCUCUGCAAGCAGGCAGGUCUAAGGGUCAGAGCAGACCCUGCCAGCUUGGCAGAAGGGGUCCGAAGAGUAGUUUUUAGGAUUUAAAAUGUAGCACAAUAUGGUAAUGUAGUGAUUCUUAUAGGCUGUAUGUAAAUGCUAUAGGAUUUGUAUGCUCUACUAGAUUGGUUAGUGAGAAUCAGAAUAUUCAACACAGAAGAUGAUUUAUUGUAUUGUAACGGGAACUUCGCUCUUCUCUUGUUCUCUUGCUUUUGCUCUUGCUCUCAUACUCUUGCUCUUACUUUUCUAUGCUCUUAGCUCUUGCCUUUUACGUUAUUACCCUCUCAUCCUCUCUCUUCUCUCGGGCCUGCUCCGAGCUGCAGCUGGCAGCUCCCAGCAGGGCCCUGUACCCACGCCCUUUGCAAUAAACCGCAAGUUCCACGACCUGGCUUCAGAGAUCUCUCGUCUCCGUCCGUCCCGACCGUGCAACCCCCAGUCUCGCCUACACCCAUCAAACAUUUACAGCUCCUUGUUUCCUGCAGGUCUGUGCCACGCUCAGGGUGGAUGGGCACACUUUAAAGAGCUGUUUUGUCCAGCUCUGCAUGGCACGUGCUCAAGGUGUGGGGAGCCCAGAGCUGGCACAGACACACACCCCAGUGUGGAGCUGUGGGUGUGCAGGGAGCAGCUGGGGAGCUUGGUGAGUGUUCUCCAAUUCCACUGCCUGCCCUGCACUUUCCCCUCCUGCUCUCACUGGGCCUGGCCAAGGGUAGACCCCGAGGCAAAAUACCUGCAGGUUUUCCUGCCUGUGCUUUCCCUCCUGAAAUCCAGUAACUCCAAUCCUUCUGACAUCCCAAAUAAUUCAGGAGGAACGCCUCACACCAGUUCCUUCCUUUCUCUUUCCUUACUCCCCUCCCUUGCAGCUUCAUUGCCUUUAUUAAGGAUAAACAUUAGUAAAGCUCCACUGGAACUCUUGAUUUCAAAAACCACACAAAAAGUUCCCUUUUGGAACAAAGGCUUUGGGGGAACCACUGUGAUGUGGAAAAAGAGACAAAAAGUAGUUUUUAAUUUGGGGGGGAUAGAAUGUAAGAAAAUAAGGGUGGUGCAGAAGGUAAUCUCAGCCCAGAAGAGUUGCAGCUGCACUAAUCCCAAAGAUUAGGACAGGCCCACAGCUGUGUCCAGGAAGGAUGAGAGCUAUAAAAGAGGGGCUGAGCUGGGUUUGCUGUGCUGUGAGGAGGAAGGAGUCAGAGCUGCAGGGAGCUGCCCAUGAACAAUCCCUGGGAAGGUAUGGGACCUUUGCAAUGAGAUGAUGACAUUAAUUCACUGAUAAUUUUGGUUUUGAGGUUUUUUUUCCACGUGGUUUGGAGCAGGUGAUGCUCAGCAGAGCUGCAGAGUCCCCCAUGGUGCAGGACAGCCCUUCUCACAGCUCUGUGUACCUGUGCUCACCUGCAGGGAGGUGGAGCCUUGGUGCUUGCUGGCAUUCCAGGGAAUCAGGGACAGACAAGGCUGGAGAGCCCAAAAUCUCCUCUCUUUGUCAGUGCUCACCUUGCACAAACAAACCUUUCUCUUAGAACACUGACAGUUCUCAGGAGUUGGUUGUGGCAAAGAGUUCUUGGAGACUUUCCUUCUCUAAAAACAGAAACCUUUAUUUAUAAGAAUUAAACCAUCAUGCAUUAAAGAAAAUUAUUACACCAAACAUAACUUUUUCUUGCAGAUAACAAUAAAAUGCUUUGCAGUUACAGGUUCAUGCAGUUGAUUUAUUCAUGCAUAUAAAUCUCCCCAAGGAUGUGUGCCUUUUCAGUACCCUUUUUAUGCUUUAAUUUGCAGCUUAUUCCAGAGUGCCUUUGUUGGAAAAACCCAUGUAGUGUCUUAAAAAUAUUGAUUUGUGGCAUCUAAAUAGUAAAAAAAAUAAAAUUAGAGGUUUGUGAUGCA